AUGAAAACGCUGAUGAAAAGCAAUGAAUCAGACACUAUGUCCAACCGCAUAGUACAUAUCAGUGUGCAGCUGUUCAGCAAUGAGGAGCUGGCGCGCCACAUGACAGAGGAGUGCCAACUGCUGGACAUUAUGGUCACAGUCCUCCUCUACAUGAUGGAGAGUUGCCUUAUCAAAAGUGAACUUCAAGAUGAGCUGUGGAUGAAGAGCCACCAUGUGGUGGUAAACUGUGCAGAGGCUCUACUGAAAAACAACACAUACUGGCCUUUAGUUAGCGAUUUUAUUAAUAUUCUCUCACACCAAAGUGUAGCAAAGAAGUUCUUGGAGGACCACUCCUUGCUCAUGCUGUGGAUGAGCUUUGUGUCCUUCUUCCAAGGUAUGAACUUGAACAAGAGGGAGCUGAAUGAACAUGUGGAGUUUGAGUCCCAGACUUACUAUGCAGCUUUUGCAGCAGAGCUGGAGGCCUGUGCCCAGCCCAUGUGGGGGCUCAUAACCCAGUGCAAAGUCAAAGAAACACAGGAGUACACAAAAACGGUAGUGCGGUAUUGUCUGGAGGCCUUGCAACUGUGGUUUGAUUCAAUUGGCUUUGUGGAUGAGCCAACUCCCAAUCAAGUGGCAUUUCAUCUGUGUGGUGUGGGGAUGGCUGUGGCGCCCAACGUGGGGCCGCUCCGGCACAAGGAAGAGGCACAGGAGGGCCAGCCAGGAGGCACACUGGAGGAGGGGCAGCUGAGGUGUUCCCGGCAGGGCUUCGGACAGAUCCUCCAGGCCAAAGACAGGGAGCGGGAGAUGACCACGGAGGGGAAGGAAGCGAUCUUCAUCUGA